GCUUUUAAUUUGGUUUUUUGUUGGUAUUGUGUGAAAUCGAUUAUGCGAUUUUACCUAAUUGUGAUUUGGUGGCAAUGCAAUGUGAUUGCAUGUUUGAGUUGAUAGAUGCAGUCGUUUUGGUAGUAGUAAGAAUCAGUAGCAUCCAAAUUUUUUCUAGAAUAAGCAGAGUGUAAUUUACAGAGGAAAGGAAUCAAAGAUGAAAUUAUGAUGUUUGUGUAUCAAAGUAUAGUAGAAUUAAUGGUGAGAUUUAAUUUUCAUCAACUGUAAGGUUAGUAUUACAGCGGACGAAGGACAAGUUUAAGUAAAGUUGGAUACAGACUAGAAUAGUCGCCAAUGAUGAUGAAGAAGAAUUAGGAACUGAAUUCUUCCGAAAGAACUUUCCUGGGAACCAAAUUUUGUUUGUGUGUAACACUUGCUCAUCGUGCUAAGACACUCUUAACUUGUAUUUUAAAUGAUGCUUUUUUACUGCUUAUUGGGUUUAUGUGUAUUUCUUCAUCAGUGUAAAUGACGGCCUCUUCUGGUUGCUGCUCGGGCUAACGUGAGAUAAUUUAUUUCUAACGUGGGCACGAUGGAGGAAGACGAUGAAGACCGCCUUUUUUUAAGUAGUCUCGGAAUAACAUCUGCGAAUCCAGAAGACAUUGAACGAAAAAUAUUGUCAGAGGCAAAAAGUGACACUAAAUAUGCGAGUGAUUCUGGAGGGAGCUCAAAGGAACAAGAACAAGAUGCAAGAAAAGAAGUGGAUGAAUCAUCUACAGCCCAAAUCAAACUGUAUAACAAAUUAAGGGCUGUGGAGCUUGAAAUUGAUGCUGUAGCUUCUACUGUUGAAAAAGCUAAAUUUGUUGUGGACAAAGGAAAUGAGGAUAAUGAUUGUGCUGAUACAGGGGUUGACUCAAAGAGGAAAAAUAUUGAUAAUUCUGCUCAAGUUACCAACGGUGGAUUAACUCUUCAGGAGGCACUUGCAGCUGAUCGUUUAAAAAGCCUUAAGAGAACAAAGGCUCAGAUUCAAAGAGAAAUUGGUGAGGAUGUUUUGGCCUGUGGCAUUGGGCACGACGAAUUACUUGCAAAAUUGGUUGAAGAGAAACCAAAGCAAAAGAAGAAAUCAAAAGUACCGGAGAGCUCUGAUAAGAAUCCGAAACGGCGGUUCAAAACUGUUGCAUAUGAUGAAGAUUCUGAUUUUGAUGCAACGUUGGAUGCUGCCUCUUUUGGGUUUAUUGAAACAAAGAGGGAUGAAAUGAUUAGGAAGGGUAUAUUAACACCAUUUCAUAAGCUUAAAGGCUUUGAGCGUCGUGUUCAACAACCUGGAACGUCAAAUCAGCAAAAUGCUCGUGAGGAAGACCCAUCGGAAACCCUAGCAUCAGCCAGCAUUGCAAAAGUUGCACAAUUGAUGUCACAAAUUGCACAAGCUCGUCCUACGACCAAAUUGCUCGACCCAGAGGCUCUACCCAGACUUGAUGCACCGACUCAUCCUUUUCAGAGGCUUAAAGAACCUCUCAAACGGCCAGUUUCUCCAGGUUCGAAGGAAUCAGAGAAGAAAAAACGAAAGCUUCGACGGACAAAGAGGCCCUUGCCCGACAAGAAAUGGAGGAAAGCUGGUUUGAGAAAGGAAAAAGUCUCGGAUGGGAGCGAUGGGGAUUUGGGCGAAGAUACAGUUGCUUCAGAUCAUGAGGAAGAAACUCGAGAAAUAUCAGAGAAUACAGAAAAUGAAGGCCCAACUUGCGUGACCCUUGAGGGAGGUCUGAAAAUUCCCGAAGUUAUUUACUCAAAACUCUUUGAUUAUCAAAAAGUGGGAGUACAGUGGCUUUGGGAAUUACACUGCCAAAGGGCUGGUGGGAUUAUUGGAGACGAAAUGGGUCUGGGUAAGACCGUACAGGUGCUUUCUUUUCUUGGCGCUCUACACUUCAGUAAAAUGUACAAACCUAGUAUUGUAGUUUGCCCUGUUACCCUUCUUCGGCAGUGGCAAAGAGAAGCCCAAAAAUGGUAUCCAGACUUUGAUGUUGAAAUACUGCAUGACUCUGCAAAUGGUGUACGUAAACAAAAAGUAGCAAAAUCCGAUGAAAGUGGUUCUGAUAGUGAAGCUUUUGUCAACAGUGAUACAGAACAACCGCGCUCUUUGAAAUCGAGAAAAAAAUGGGAUGAUUUAAUAGCCCAUGUUGUGGAUUCAGAUUCAGGGCUGCUCCUUACCACUUACGAGCAACUUCGCUUGUUAGGGGAGAAGUUACUUGAUAUGGAAUGGGGAUAUGCUAUCUUAGAUGAGGGUCACAGGAUAAGAAACCCUAAUGCAGAGGUAACCCUAGUGUGCAAACAGUUACAGACCGUCCAUCGAAUUAUCAUGACGGGGGCGCCAAUUCAGAAUAAACUGAGCGAGCUAUGGUCUCUCUUUGAUUUUGUUUUUCCUGGAAAAUUAGGAGUUUUACCGAUUUUUGAGGCGGAAUUCGCUGUUCCUAUUACAGUUGGUGGCUAUGCAAAUGCAACACCUUUGCAAGUCUCCACAGCUUAUAGAUGUGCAGUUGUGUUAAGAGAUUUGAUCAUGCCAUACCUUUUAAGGCGAAUGAAAGCAGACGUUAAUGCACAACUUCCCAAGAAAACAGAGCACGUGCUUUUCUGUAGCCUGACUUCAGAGCAACGGUCGGUUUACAGGGCUUUUCUCGCUAGUUCUGAGGUGGAACAGAUAUUCGAUGGGAAUAGAAAUUCUCUUUACGGGAUUGAUGUACUCAGAAAAAUUUGUAAUCACCCUGAUUUAUUAGAGAGGGAGCAUUCAAAUCAGCAUCCUGAUUAUGGGAAUAUUGCAAGGAGUGGGAAGAUGAAAGUUGUGGACCAAGUUCUUAGGGUUUGGAAGGAGCAAGGGCAUCGCGUACUACUUUUUGCCCAGACCCAACAAAUGCUUGAUAUAAUUGAAAACUUCUUGAUUGCUAAUGAGUACAGUUAUCGGAGAAUGGAUGGGCUUACACCAGCAAAGCAGCGCAUGGCGCUUAUUGAUGAGUUCAAUAACUCGGAAGAAGUUUUUAUUUUUAUUUUGACUACUAAAGUUGGUGGAUUGGGUACGAACUUGACUGGAGCUAACAGGGUUAUUAUUUAUGAUCCCGACUGGAACCCUUCAACUGACAUGCAGGCAAGAGAGCGAGCAUGGCGGAUUGGGCAGACGCGAGAUGUAACAGUUUACCGACUGAUAACUCGCGGAACAAUAGAGGAGAAAGUCUACCAUCGGCAAAUAUACAAGCAUUUCCUCACGAACAAGAUAUUGAAGAAUCCUCAACAGAGAAGGUUCUUUAAAGCCAGAGACAUGCGCAAUCUCUUCACCUUCCGGGAGGAUAACGAGGGCUGUUCUACUGAGACAUCAAAUAUUUUUAGCCAGUUGGCUGAAGAGGUCGACGUUGGGCUUUCCCACGAGAAGAAACAGAAAGAAAGCUCUUCACCUUUAGAUCGCCGAGCAGCUAAAGAAACAACAAGCGAGGUUGGAAGAGCUUCUACAUCCGGUAAUAAAGGGAAAGUGCCGGUGGAUCAGAACAGUAAUGGGAUAAAUGAAGAAACAGAUAUAUUGAAGAGCCUUUUUGAUGCACAAGGGAUUCAUAGCGCGAUGAACCACGACGCAAUAAUGAACGCGAAUGACGACGACAAGAUGCGGCUAGAAGAGCAGGCGUCUCAAGUCGCACGGAGGGCGGCAGAAGCAUUGCGCGAGUCGCGGAUGCUCAGAAGCCGCGAGAGCUUUGCCGUCCCGACGUGGACUGGAAGAUCCGGUGCGGCGGGGGCACCAUCCUCCGUACAGCGGAAAUUUGGCUCCUCCUUGAAUUCCAAUCUGCUUAAUUCAUCAAAGUCGUCCGAAAGCUCAUCAAGCAGGGCUCCUAAUUUUCAUGCUGGUGCUUCCACCGGAAAGGCAAUGUCUUCUGCCGAACUCUUGGCGAGAAUUCGAGGGACUCAAGAAAGAGCAAUUAGCGACGCAAUCGAACAAGACCUGGACUUGGGUUCAGGUUCGAACAGAAGAGAGAGAAUAGUCGAGAGGAACAGCAGAUCGAGGGUUUCCAAUGGCCGGUCUGUCGUUGUGCAACCUGAAGUAUUGAUUCGCCAACUGUGUACAUUUCUGCAACAAAGAGGUGGGUCGACCGACUCGGGGAGCAUAACACAGCAUUUUAAGGAUAGGAUACGGUCGGAGGAUUUGCCGCUAUUUAAGAGUCUUCUGAAGGAAAUAGCAACAUUGCAGAGAGAUGCUCAUGGGUCUAGAUGGGUUCUGAGGCCAGAGUAUCAGCAAUAGCGAUUUUUGUCACAGAAUACGCCUUUUUUUUUUUAUCAUGGGAUAUAUUUAUAUAUAUCAGCAUACAGCUGCAGCUGGUAGGGGAUAAGUUGUUGCGAGUUGCAGGAAGAAUGCAAGGUAUUUGGCUGAGGUUUAUUGAUCUGAAAUUCUGCUGUUAUAAAUCCUGUGCUGGAGUUUUUCUCUCCGCUUUUUGUACACGAGAGGGAACAAUUUUUGUGGCAUUUUGUUGUACAUAGUAUGAUAGAAAUUCUUUUAAUCGGGAAUAGAAGUUUGCCAUUUUUUGGGUUC